AUGAGAACUGUAAUUUCUACAAUAGCAACAACGACUACUGUCACGACAUCAACAAUAACGACAACAACAGCAACUACGGCUACAUCGUCAAGUUCAUCUUCAUCAACAACGACAAUAACUACGGCAACAGCGGCGACGACCACUACACCAUCGUGUACCUCGUCAGUUGGUCUUGGCAAUAUACUUAUGGUUGUUAUGACAAGUGGCUGGACCCAAUACUCGUAUAGUUACGUGGCAACGAAUUCGGAACCCUUCCUUUUAUUUACAACUACCAAUACUGCCGGACCAUUUAUGAUUUAUUUGGAUGAUGUAUCUGUUGUUGACAUAAGUGUACCCUCCGUCGAGUUACUAGAAAAUCCAAGCUUCGAAAACUCAACAACAGUACCAACCGGUUGGAUCACUUGGUGUACAUCUUCGUGUUCAAUUAGCGUUAAUCAGGUUACUGCUUCAGGUUGUCACACGGGCUCAGGUAACAACUGUUUCAUGAACCGUUGCCGGAAUUAUUAUGAUUACAUCGGUCAAUCCUUUUCGGCAAUUAUUGGGCAUACUUACAAUAUCUCAUUUUGGAUAAAUCAAGCUGCACCUGGUAGUGGUGCAUUUUAUGCCACCAUCAAUUAA